AAUAACAAUACAUCCUUAAUAAGUGAAUGUGAUAACAAUAAUGACGGUUACAAUGAGGAUAACAAAAACCGUUAUAAUGACGAUAAUCCACACGAAAACGGUAAUGGUAAAAAACACAAUUAUGUUAAAGUAUUAGUAGAUGAUCCUUUUAAUAAUAGGGAUAUUGUACUUGAAGUUUCCAAAAAACAAAAAGGUGUCUACAUAUGAGAAACUUUUGAUGGUAAACACAUGUAUGUGGGACAUUCCAUUAAUUUAUAUAAUAGAAUAAGUUCUUAUUUUAUGCCAUCUAUACUUAAGACUAAAGCAAGUAGAGUUUUACGUUAUUUAAAUAAAAAUGGUUUUAGUAAUAUUAAGCUCACUAUCUAUAUUAUGAAAGACAAUUCUAGUUUAGAACAGGUAGUGGAAUUGGAACAACAAUUUAUUGAUAGGUUAAACCCAAAUCUUAAUGUAGAUCUAGUUGCUAGUGGUUCUGGCCAUCAUGAACCUAUGAGUCAAGAAAUGCGUGAAAAGCUUCGUAAACAAAGAGGUACAACAAUAUACAUGUAUAAUGUUAAAGAUCUUUUUUUGCUAUAUGCAUUUGAUUCAAAACAACAAGCAUAUGAUUUGAUCAAUAUACAUCACAAUACUUUAAAUGAUUGUUUAAACUCAGGUAAUAUAUAUCUAGAUACUUACUUUUUUUCUUUAGAUUUAAUAGAAGAGUCUCCUGAAACUAAUUUAAUCCCUUCGGAUCAAAUUAAAAGUUUAGUUUCAGAUAAACGAAAUGUUUAUAAUGUUAAACACCCUGCAGCUAAAUCUAUCUUAGCAGAGUUUAAAAAUGAACCUAAGAAAAAUUUAGAAUUUAACUCUUUAAAUAGUUUAGCUAAACAUUUAAAAGGUGACCGUCAGGUUAUUAGAGAAUACUUAAAAGGAGAGAAAUCAGGUUAUUAUCGAGGUAAAUGAAAAUUUACUUAUAAAUUUUAAUAUAUAAUGGCAUGGCCGGGUAAGAUGGAAACAUCUUACUUUACAUUCACUGUCUGC